AUGGAAUCUUUGAAGGGUCGAUGGAAACGACUUAACGAAAACGACAACAAAUGGGUGGCUACACUCAGAGAAGCCAACGCCCAAAGGAGGAGUGGCAUGAGCGACCAGGAUGUUGAGAAUGAAGCUCAUCGCAUCUACAAAGGAGACGGAGGCAACGACUUUCAAGAUUUGAUAGUGUUUAAUGAAGAUGGUAGCAACUCAAAAAGGAUAAAGACUUCUGAAUCCGGCGAGUAUACUAUCUCUUCAAAUCUGGAAACUCCCACAUCUAGACAUUCAACUAGUUUCCGACUUAUAGGCAGAGACAAGGAAAAAAGAAAAGUAAAAGGCAAGGUAACACAAUCUGAUUCUAUUAAUGCACAAUGUGCUGCAGAUCUUCAUGCACUUAGGCUAGUUAAAGAUAAUGAGAACGAAAUAGCAAAGGUUCGACUGCAGAUAGAACGUGAAAAGCUGGAUAAGCCCUCUAUGAAGAUGUACCAAAAAAUAUUGAUUAAGUUGUUGGAGAAAGAGCACUUGUCCCCAGAAGAUCAAGACAUGAAACGCAAACUAACGGAGAUUCUGUUUGGAAAAUGA